UUCAGUUUACGAAUGAUAAAAAAAUGACACCGGAUUUUAGGGCUACAAAAAUUCAUGAUUAUAGCGUUUUCUAUUACGUAUUGUAAUUCGUUAUCUUGAUAUUUUUAUCGUUAGAACAUUUAGUAUCUAAUUAUAUAAAAAUCAGGUGCAAAUAGUUUUGUUUGUAGUAUUAGUGAUAACCUAAGUGUUGGUAGGUAGUCGCUGCCUUCUCGUUCGGGUGGAAUUAUUGGAGAUAUUUCAAUGAAUUUUAGUCAUAGUCUAGUUAAAAUGAAAGAAAAUGGUACAGAAUUUAUUGAGAGCAAGCUGAAGUCUACUCCUAUUGCUAUGGUGGCCCCGGAACUGAAACAGAACGCAGAAGCCGACACAGAGAUCUCUAAAACAUGUGCAGUGCUGGGAUGUGAUGAUUCUAAAAACUUAAAUUCAGAUGAGUUCUUUAGGUUUCCAGAAGACCCACACUUCAGAGAGAUAUGGACGAACCUGACCGGUAGAAACAACUGGAUGUCCACAGACUACUCAUACAUUUGUAUACAGCACUUCUCAGUGGACUGCUUCACAUGUGACGCUGAUAAUCAGAUGGUGCUUGUGGAUAAGGCCGUGCCAUCACUGAAGCUACCCAAACAUGUUCUAGAGGUGGAGUACAUAGAAGAAGACACACUAGACAAUGAGGAUGAAGACUACGAUAUGGACGGCGACACAGAUUAUGACGGGGACAACGAGGCAGAGUCACACAGACACGUCAACGGAGACCCACACGUGACCAGCAGCAAACCCAAACAAAAAGUAGACAAUAUAGAAUUACUCAAACUAUUCACAGAAGUACAAAUGAUGCAACGACAAGCAGUGGGCCUUAAGGACAAAUUAAGAUACAAUAUGAAAAUACACAAUAGACAGGGUAGGUUUUUAAAUCGAUUGAAUCAAAUAAUAGAAAUGAAGAAAGACGUGUUGAGUCAGAAAAGAAAGAAAAAAGCGAGAAUAUUGCUGUCUUUACAGGAUAAAAUUAAGGACGAUACAAACGGACUUGUAAUGGCGAUGCCGUCAAGGCACACAGAUGAUUUGAAGAAUUUUGCACUUAGUAUUUAUAAGUAUUCCCCACAAGCAUAUAUCUACUUGAGGAAUACAUUGCGGACGCUGUUACCAAGUACAGAAGUGAUGGACAACUGGCUCAGUGCAGGGUUCCAGCCCAAGAAUGUGAUUUCAUCCAGCAACCUGAUAAAAGUUUCCACAGAACAAACAGACUCGGAACUCUCGUGUAAAAUUGCACUUCGUUGACUUACUUAUAAGUGUACACAAUAAGAAUUCUUUUUUGAGAAUAAAAUAUUUGGAAUAUUUUCAA